CCCACGCUCACACACACGCACAUCCAAACCCACACUCACACACCCACACCCUCACCCACCCACACCCACACCCACACCCACACCCACACCCUAAAAUCUUGAUAUAAUACAUAAAUAUGAAUUUGAUUUUUUAAUAUUGGUAAAAAGGUUAAAGUAGACAACUUGUAUUGAAGAAUUAUCUAGAAGAAGAAUGAUCUAAAUCUAAUAAAUAGAUUUAUUUCACUAAUAUCUACAAAAUUGUAUUUUUUAUAGUGUCGCAUAAUUAAAAUGAUGAAGACAAAAGGGUUCUAAUAUUACAAUUUGCAAUUCAACAUCUUUUUCAGUAAAGUUUUUUUUCUCUCUUUCCUCAUCAAAGAAUUACGUUAUGUUAUCUUUAUUUUCUUCUUUUAUUCUUAUUUUUUUAUUUCUUUUAUUUUUUUGAUCGUCUGUGUUUUUGUCCGACUUUGUUUUAUUGUCUCAUGUGCCUGAACAUCUAAUGCAGAGCCCUGAGGAGUGUUUUAAUAUUUCAAUAAAGAACAUGAAACGCGUUGGCAAAUUAAAAUCUGCAUUUCUUAAAAUUAUUUCUUUUCUGUCACCAGUCACAAUAAAUUAUUAUUUAAAAAUUCAUCUAAAUCUCGACAAAAUAAUCGAUUGCUGGAAAGUAAACGUGGAGUACAAGCAGAUUGUAUUUGUCUUUUCCUCAAGGUAGAUAUGGCAGUCUUUCUCUCGAUUGACGCCCACAUCCACAUCCCACACUCACACCCACCCACACUCUCGUAGAAUUCCGACUACUUGCACAUUAAAAGGAUCUUUGAAUUAUGCUGAUGAAUUUGUUGAUGGCACAAAGUAAAGACCUUCGUGAUACCGUUAUUGUCCAUUAUGAAAAUGGGAUGAAAACCUUCACAAACGAGAGCAUAGAACCUUUUGGUUCGCCUACAUCGUCUUCUGAAUUAUUUGUGUACCAUAGCCAAGCCAUUUUUAUUAAAUCGUUGCAUCCAAUGGUGGGUUGUAACAUGAUGCACCUUAUUAGUCACCAUACUUGAAAUUUUUGAAGCUUUUCCUCCGAUUUUCAUAAUAGGCAAUAACGGUAUCGCGAAGGUCUUUAUAUUUUGCCGUCUAAAACAUUCAUCAUCACAAUUCAAAUAUAUUUUCAAUGUAAAAAUGGGGUAGAUCCCGCGACGCCUGUAAAAGAAACCAAUUAAAGAUUUAAUGAUUUGUUGGUGGCGACAUAUAUACAAAAUAAUGAAUGCUAGGGUGUGGGUGGGUGGUAGUCUGACUUUGAAUAUAGAGAACACCAACAUCCACUAAAAAGUAAUAAAAGGCAAUAAUAUUCUUGUUUUCUCUAAGUCAACACAAAAAAUGCUUGAUUUUCCCUAAGGACAACAAUUUUGAUUUGUUCCUCAUUCAAAACAAAUAAUAUCUAUCAAUGCACAAUAUAUAAAAAUCUAAAAAGCGAAUUUCGAAAGAAUAACUUCGAUCAUUUUGUGUUAGAGAAAUAUUUUGAUUAAUCUUGAGCAAGAAUUGAAUUUUUUAGUUGAACAGGCUGUAAAUUUUAUUGUUAACAAUGGCAUUGGGAGUUUCAUACUGUCAUUUCAGUGAUUUUUCCCGGUAGCAUUUAAUAUUACGACAAUUGUCUAUGAUGAGAACUGAGAAAGGAGAAUUUCAUGAUUAUAAUCCAGCAGCCAUUGAAGGUAUUUUGUAAAUCUUGAUAUGAAAUCACUACGAAAAUAUUAUUGUAUUUUUGUAGUACAAUUCUUAUUGCUUACAGAAAUCUUAUGUUUAAUUGAUGAUCAGAAUAUUAUUUUGAAAAAUAUAUAUAUUUACUCUCUUUAUCAUUUAUUUAGAACUCAAACAUUUGGCUAAAAUUUCGUAUCUUCAUAACAAUUUGUGAAAUUAACCCAAUAACACUUUAGUAUUGCGCUUCGCAUGUUAAUCGUGGCAUAAUGUUUAGUAAUCAAGAUGAAUCAAUUGUCAUAAGAGAAUUGAUUCAAAUAGGAUAUUAACGGCCAAUACGAAAUAUGAAGCUUCAAUCAAAUCUUUGAGGUUGUUGUUAUUUUGUUUUCGUGUAAUUAAUUCGAAUAAAAAACUCUCUAUAGAAUUUCACAAUAUCUACAAAAUAAAUCUUUUUAAUUUUUCAUUCGUGUUUAUCAAACAAUGAAAAUUAUUUGUAUAGUUAGUGUUGCUUUUAUGUGAAAACAUUUGACGAGUGUCUUUCGAUUUCGACUUUUCUCAGAAAUAUUCAUUGCAUUGAUCAUGCUAAACAGAUUUUUUAUAAAUAAUAUCCGUUUACAUAACAGACUUCUUCGACUUAUAACUAAUUUUAAGAAGUUAAGUUCGAAUGAUUUUAAUCGAGUUCUACAUAAAACCAUUGAAAAUUCUACAAAAGAGUUUUAAUUUCAUCUAUAAUGGCAAACAUCAACAGAUUGAGUGUUCGAUAUCUCAAACCUUCCAUCGCCAGUAUCGAUUUUGAUUCUGUUUUGCUCUCAAAAUUGAGUUUAACAAGCUCACAUUGCAGGGAAAGAAAUCUCCUUUAGUUUGAUGCAUUGUUUUGAAGCUUAAAUUUCUAUUGGCUGUGGAUUUUUCCACGAUGGCACGUAAAUACACAACGAUAAACUUUGAUGAUGCAAGAAUUCUUUUAUUGACAAAACAUAGAACGAACUCAAAUAGUGUUGACAUGUGAUGUUGUCAAUACUCUUUCAUUUGUUUUUUUAUUCUAUAGAAGGUCUUUACAUGGCGACAGCUACACAGGGAACAAUUUGUGUCAAAUGCAAGAAAACAAAAGGCAUUGUAACAUGUAAAGGCUGUUCGAAAGAUUUUUGUCUUGACCACAUCAACGAACAUUAUAGUGAAUUAAACGAGCAAUUAGGUAAAACUGAAGAUCAGUUUAAUGAGUUCAAAAUUGGAAUCGAGGAACAAAAAGCAGAUCCUCAAAAACACGAAUUAACGAAACAAAUUGAUGAAUGGGAACGCGAAUCAAUCGAAAAGAUUCGACAAGUGGCCAAUGAAGUUCGCCAUGAACUCUCAUCGUGUGUCAUCAAAUUUGUCACCAAUCUCGACCUUAAAUUGAAGCAUUUGACAGAACAACUCAUUCAAAAUCGUAAAGACAAUGAUUUUGCUGAUCCAGACAUUCAGUUUUUCAAUGGAGAACUGAAGCGAUUGAAAGAUAUUCUCAGCAGUCCACCAGAUUUCAAACUUGAAUACGAUUCAACAUCUUUUAUCAAUAAAAUUCGUCUUAAAACGAAAGGUAAACCUUGUGUUCUAGCCGAAAUCGAAAGAAUUCACAGAGUUUUUUCAUCUUGUUUUCUCGGUUAA